AUGUCUUUGGUCCCUACCGUGGUGGGCCAAGCUGCUGCUGCUUUGGCCGGCCUUGCCUACCUUAAUGCUCGCUUCUCCAUUGGCCAGGAUCUUAACUUUCUCUUAGGCCGUAGAGCAGCCUUCGCAGCGUUAACGAAAACCGCCUCCAAGAAUCGACUCUCGAUUUACUACUUUUUCGAAGACGCAGUCAAGGAAAAAGGCGACUCAGAGGCCAUAUGGUCCCACGGCGAGUGCCUCACCUAUAACCAGACUUACGCCCGCGUCAACCAAUAUGCGCAAUGGUUCCUCGCUCAGGGCGUCCAGCCAGGCGGCCUCGUCGCCCUCCUGAUGGUCAACUCCCCGGAUAUGGUCUGCGCCUGGUUCGGGCUCCUAGCCAUUGGCGCCGCCCCUGCGCUGGUCAACACCAACCUUGCCGCCAAGGCCCUGAUCCACUCCAUCGAGAUCGCGAAGGUCAAGCUCAUCCUCGCUGACGGUGACGACGACCUGAUGGGUCGGUUGGAUGCCGUGCGCGGCGACCUAGAGGCCGGCGGCCACCGCAUCUGCAAGCUGGGCGAGGCGCGCGAGCAAGUCCUCGGCAUGCAGCCCCUACGGCCCAGUGACGAGCUCCGCAAGAAUGUCAGUGUGGAUGCGCCGCUGGCCCUGGCAUAUACGAGCGGUACCACGGGGCUGCCGAAAGCCAUCACGUUCCCUAUGGCCGUUGCCUUCCUGUCGGCGACGGUAAAGCGGCGCGGGUUCGGUGAGCUUCCCGUUGCCAAUCAGAGGUGCUACAACUGCAUGCCCUUCUACCACAUGACAGGCGGCCUUCAUGCCAUAUUGCAACUCUUGACCCGCGACACCCUAUGCAUCGCCCCUAAAUUCAGCACGAGCACCUUCUGGGCCGACAUCCGCGCCUCGCGCGCAACAUUCUUCAUCUACGUGGGCGAGGCCCUGCGGUACCUCCUCGCGCAGCCGCCGUCGCCGCUGGACCGCGCCCACAACGUGCACACGAUCCUGGGCAACGGGCUGCGCGGCGACGUGUGGAUCCCGUUCCGGGACCGGUUCGGCAUCGACACGAUCCACGAGUUCUUCAACUCGACGGAGCUCAUGUUCGGGCUCGACAACUCGAGCCGGGGCGACUUCACGGCCAAGUCGCUCGGCGUGCACGGCCUGCUGCUGCGCGCCCUCUUCUCGGGCAUGUACGUGCCCGCCGCCACGGACCCGGAGACGGGCGAGCUGCUGCGCGACCCGGAGACGGGCUUUGCGGCGCGCGUCCCCUUCGACCAGGGCGGCGAGAUCCUCGUUCGCCUCGACUACCAGAGCAAGCUGCCGGGGCGCACGUUCCGCGGCUACUGGGACAACGAGGGCGCCACCAACGCCAAGAUCGCCCGCGACGUGUUUAAGAAGGGCGAUGCCUACUUCCGCACCGGUGACGCCCUGCGACGCGACUCUGACGGUCGCUGGUUCUUCUGCGACCGCCUCGGCGACACGUUCCGCUGGAAGGGCGAGAACGUCAGCACCGCCGAGGUGAGCGACGUGCUCGGCGGUUACGGCGGCGGCGUCAUCGAGGCCGUCGUAUACGGAGUGCAACUCCCCGGUCACGAGGGGCGCGCUGGUGCCGUGGCGCUGCUGAUUGAGGAGUCGAGGCGGGAAAACUUUGACUAUGCGGAUUUUUUGAGACACGCCCGCGCCAACCUCCCCAAGUACGCCGUGCCAAUCUUCAUCCGCCUCGUCUCGGAGCCCCUCAGCACCGGCAACCACAAGCAGAACAAGGUGCCGCUCAAGGCCGAGGGCGUCGACCCGGACAAGGUGUCGAGCGGCGACGCCAUCUACUGGGCCCGUGGCGACACCUACGUGCCCUUUACCCGCGCCGACUGGGACGGCUUAUCCCAGGGCAGGGCCAGGCUGUACACUGGCGCAAGGCAAACCACGAUGAGCCAUCUGAAGCUCACCUCGGCGCAGCUGGCAGGUCCUGAGAGACAGGAACGGCUUCUGAUACUGGGCUCCGCCACCACGGAUAUCAACACGCUAUAA